GAAAUCUGGAUAUGGUCAUUCAGUUAUUUAUCUUUUAAAGAACGACAGUACAAUUCUACCAGUAUUCAGAAUUAAUUACCUGAACACAAAUAGCUUCUCAUCCGAUGAGAUCGUGAGCUGUUGAUCAACAUAUCCGUCAGCAAUUCUGCGUUCACAUUUGUGAGGCAGGACAAGUAAGCAGAAUUAUUAUGUGUGACUAUGGAAGGAGACCUGGGUCUCAUGACUGGCCGCGGUCAGAGAGAAAGGAAAAGAUCCUACAAAGAUUUCCUGAGAGAGGAAGUAGAGGACGACGAGGACCUCGUUCAGGAAGAAGAGCAACUUGUCAUCGGCAACCUCAAAGCCAGGAAGUCGCACAAAAAGAGGAGACGUUUAGGUGAUUGUCCCCACAGAUGGGCCAGUGGCAGUGAGGGACCGGACCUGUACGGGAUGGAGUCACCCGUCUCCAGUCCCUGGUAUCAGACCUGUGAGUCGCCGGAUGAGUGGACAACAGAGAGGAGUGAUGAGACCGGGGAGGAUAUCACCGUGCCGAGCUCGGAGGGCUCCACAGCCAGUUCCAGUCACACCGACCCUGCCGUGGACUCGCCCGUUCCGGAAGGACCCGAGGUGGACCCGGUCAGUGCUGCCGCCCACCUUCAGCUGCUGGGGGAGUCCCUGUCCCACAUCGGUCUCCGGCUCCACGGAACCAAGGAGAUGAUGGCGGUGUCAGGCAGUCUGUCCGUGUUGCUGGACUCAAUGCUGUGUGCUCUCGUACCUUUGACCGGUCUCACCUCCCUGGUCCCGGAGCUUCGCAGCAGCCCGUCACACUCGCACACACUGGCCAAGACUCUGGACAACAUUGCCUAUAUAAUGCCAGGGUUGUGAAGUCGAAUGGGUACUUGGGAAGACCGCUAACCAGGAAGUUCUCCCAUUUUGAAAGGGUUCCGUAGAAGGUAUUGGGGGGAAAAAGCCAUACUGUAUGUUUGAAAGAGAAGUUGCUUAAGGAAUGGCCCAAACUGCACUGAGUAAAAGACUGUUACAUACAUUUAUCUGGGUUCAUAUUGAAUUCAACAGAUGAACAAUUUGUUAGUUUUUCAGUGUGUUUUUUAUCAGUUAAACCUUGUUUCUGUGUGUGCUCUCCUUUCCCAUUUUGUCUUUCUUGACUUAUUGUUACUCAUUAAAUACUUGGCAUAUUUGGUCAA